CGGGAGAGCGGGGCCGGGCGCAACGGGGUUCCCGCCACCCCGUGGGGCACGCGGGGAGCGGCCGGGAGGGACAUGAGCCCGCCGGGCACCGCAGCGGGCGGCGGCGGCGGCCUCGCAGCCCGGCGGCUGCUCCUGCUGCUCUUGCUCCAGGCCGCCCGCCCUGCGCAGGGGCAGCGGGCUGCAACAAAUAGUUCAGUCCCAGAUGUCUGUGCCACUUGCCAUGCUAAUGCCACGUGUCAGCAAAAAGAAGGCAAAAACGUCUGCAUCUGUAACUAUGGAUUUGUGGGUAAUGGGAGGACUCAUUGUCAAGAUAAAGAUGAAUGCCAGAUUGGAGCGAGCAAGAUCUGUGGCGAGCAUACAUCAUGCCACAAUACACAUGGAAGUUUUUACUGCAUUUGUCUUGAAGGAUACCAUCCCUCUAACAACAACAAGAUAUUUAUUCCCAAUGAUGGCACGUAUUGUACAGAUAUAGAUGAGUGCCAGCUCUCAGGUCUGUGUGGUGUCGGGGGACGAUGUGUGAACAUUGUUGGAAGCUACAAAUGCUACUGUAUGGAAGGAUAUAGACCAGAAAAUGGAACCGAAUUUUUUCAUCCAGCUGGGAACACUGUUUCAUGCAAAGAAAUUAGCUGUGGCCCUCUAGAGAUCACGCAUGGACACAUCAUAGGGAACUACACCUCUGUGAUGGGGAGUGAAGUUCAUUAUGAGUGUGAAGACGGGUUUUACAGCGAAGGGGGAAACGUAUCUGUUUGCACCGAAGAUGAAGUCUGGGAACCCUCUGUCUUAAGCUGUAAAGCUGUGGAUUGUGGAGUCCCACCUUCUGUCCUGAAUGCAUAUUCAGAUCCUGUAAGGAGGACCACCUAUGGAAAUGAAGUUGCUUAUAAUUGCCGGCAUGGUUAUGUUAUUGAAAGUGGUAACCAGACUGCAGUUUGUAAUGCCAAAGGACAAUGGGAAGGUGCUGAUCUGGUGUGCAAAGAAAUAGACUGUGGCAGACCUUUGUGGAUUCCACACGCAGAAAUGAUCUGGGACAACUCCACAACUCUAGGAAGCAUGGUGUACUAUAAAUGUAGUGAAGGGUUUCAUUUUAGUGGAGAGAAGAAUUUUUCACAAUGCACAAUAAUUCAGAAAUGGGAAAAUAUCACUGGUGUAUGUGAAGUAACAGACUGUGGCAGACCUCCUUCAAUCCCCAACACAGACAUGAUUUGGAACAACAUUUCCCAGCUGGGGAGUGCAGUGCACUACCAAUGUAAAAAGGGAUUCCACAGCAUAAAUGGGAGGAAUAUGUCACGUUGUACUUAUAAUGGAUCCUGGGAAAUUCCAGCUCUAAUAUGUAAAGAAGUAGACUGUGGCAUUCCUCCACCAGUACAACAUGCUGAGCUAGUGUGGAAUUCCAGUUCGAGUCUUGGAAGUGUGGUGCAGUAUUCAUGUCAGAAGGGAUUUGAAUAUGCUGGUGGAAACAAUAUUUCAGUUUGCACAGAAGAAAGUGUUUGGGUAAAAAGCACUUUAACAUGCACAGUGAAGGCAGCCAUUGGAAAUGUGUCUGUAUUUAAUCAAACCUGUGUGAAGUGGAGAAGGAGCACUAGAAAAACCAACUUGAAGGUGGUAUAUUUGUUUCACGUACAAGGGCGAAGAUGGCAUCAGAAGGCAUUUUUUCAUGAAGCAACGUUUAACUUCACGGCAGAGAAAGAAACUCCAGAGCUGUGUCUAGACCUAAAAGCAGGCAGUAACUACACUGUGAACAUCGCUGUAUUGGCUCCUGAGCCCUCGAGACCAGUCACUGUAACAAUCAAUACAGUUGAAGAGGAAGGAUUCCGUAAUGUUUCAGUAUUUAAUGAUACCUGUUUGAAAUGGAAGAGACAUUCUGGAAGAAUUGGGGUGAAGGAAACCUACCUAUUUCACAUACAGGAACAACAUGGAUACUUGGUGAAAUCCUCCCAUGGAAUGAUGAUUAACUUCACCACAGAGGAAGCGAACCCAGAGGUGUGCCUGCCUCUACACCUGGGCAUAAACUACACUGUGUCUAUCACUGAGGCAUCUACCAAGCUUGUUUUACAAAUCCCCAUAAUGCUCCCAACAACUGUGUUUAUUUUCCUGUGUGCAGAAGAGGAAUUGCUCAGCAAUGUGUCCAUAUUUAAUGAAACCUGCGUGAAGUGGCAGAGAAAAGUUGCAAGAGCUGGGACAAAGGAAACAUACACAUUUCAUGUAUUGGGACGAAGACGGUACCAGAAGGAAUUCUCUCGUGAAAUGAUAUUUAACUUCACAACAGGUGAAGAGACUCCAGAGGUGUGUUUAGAGCUGAACUCUGAUGCUAACUACAUGGUGAACAUCACUACAGCAUCCUCUAAGGGGACCUCGGCCCUAAUUACUAUAGCAAUUAAGACAGAGGUAAAGGAAGCCUUCAGUAAUAUGGUGAUACUUAACGACACCUGCUUGAAAUGGAGGCAAAGCCUAAGGAGAGCUGGUAGGAAGGAAAUCUAUUCAUUUCACAUACAGGGUCGACGCUGGUAUCAGAAGGAGUUCUUUCAUGAAAUGGCCUUUAACCUCACCACUUACGGACAGACUCCAGAGGUGUGUCUUGAUUUGCGCCCAGGCACCAAUUACACUGUGAAUAUUUCCAUGGCAGCUUUGGAUCUUUCUGUGCUAGUUUCCAUGACAACUCCAAUUAUCGAUCCUCCAUUCCCAGAAAUAGAGUUUGUUACAGUACAAGGUCCUGCACCAGCACUCAGCCUACGGAAAGCAGAAGAUAGAAAUGGACCUAUCAGUUUUUAUCAAGUGAUUGUGCUUCCCUUGGCCUUGCAAAGCACAUUUACUUGUGAUUCCCUGGCUGCUGUGACUUUCUUUAGCAAUGCCACUGAUGCUGAGGGGUAUGUGGCAGCUGAAUUCCUCGCCGAGGAUGUUGCUGACAACAUGCUGAUCUCUCUUGGAGACAGACAUUACUACGGGGCAUUCUAUAAUGCUCCCUUAAAGCAGGGGAAAGAUUACUGUGUGAUACUGAGAAUUAUAAGUCAAUGGAAUAAGGUGAGGACACAAUCUUGUGCAGUUUGGGCACAAAUUGAAGAUUUAUCACCCACUCUACAACAUACGACUCUUGCUGGAUUAGGAUCAGUCACUGCUGUCUGCCUUAUACUGCUCUUGUCCUUCUUGGCAGCACGUUCUUAUCUCCACAGCACAGUCCAUAUACCUCCAGCUGCACUGGCCAAAGGAGUAUCCUAUGAGACUACCAUGGAUGCUGCAGGAGGGGGUAUUGCAUCAUCUUUCCUAGAGAUUGAAAGUGUCUCUCUUCCGUAAUGAAUUCAUCCCCCAUUUGCCUAGAAGACAGAAGGAGAGAGAAUCCAGAAUCUCUUUGUUACAUCAAUACUGCACUACCAUGUACUGUAUCUGCACACCCUACGCCAAUGACUACACAUUGGUGUUUGAAAUGGAUAGUGGGAUACUCAGGCCUUCCUUGAUUUCUUCAUUACUUUUAGCGCAGUUUAGGACUUUCACCAAAGUGUGUAUGUCAGAGGAAACAUGCAAGGACAUUUCCAAGCCUCUGUGUACAGGCGAAAGGCUUUUAACCCUCCUAGAAUUGUGGGUACCCGGUAUAACAGCUGUCUUGGAGUACGUUGUUGCUGUUAGUAAUAUAUAGUUCAUAUGAAAGAACAAAAUUCUUUUAAGGCCAGACAGUAUUCUGAUACCCUUACAAUGAGUAAACUUUACUCCACAAAUGGUCCCAUUGAUUUCAAUGGGAUUACUCAAAGAGCAAAUUGCUAUUUGAAAAUCAAUUAGGUCCAUAAUCUGUUUUAGAAUGUCUGAGAACACUAGCCCCUCCGCCCUCAAGUUUAAAACCAAAAAGCAGCUGUUGCAUGACCAAAUAGAAAGUUCAAUCAAUUAAAAGUAAGUGUAGCUUCAAUAAAACGUGUAAAAGUGUUAUAGAGUUGAGUAAUCACACUUAAAUAUGUGUUACCAAACAGGAGAUACUAAGGAUUACUGCAAAUAAUCUACAAAAUCCUGCAUGCACCUAUAUAACAUUGACUUAAGUGCAGUGUGCUAAUCAACUGUGCAGCAUUAAUGGUUUGUGAUUUUUUUUAAUAAGGCGCUACAUGUCUUCAAUUGCAAUUUAUUUCAUCUCUAUACUUCUGUCAUAAUUUACAGUUGUGGAAACUCAUGAAGAUCACAUGUUUAAUGUAACAUCUGGUUAAUAUAACCUGAUACGGAUAAAAUUAGCCAAUUUGCUGCAAUGCAUUCAGGAUGAGUGAAUUUUUCCGGUAUAAGAAAGUUUCAAGUACUUUUGAUUUUACUUCAGUUCCUGUUCAGAAGUCACUCCAGGAUGAUAGCAAAAUCAUGCUAAAUAGUGAAAUAAAAAGAUCUUAGUUUUUA